AAAAAAAAAAACACGUAAGCUAUGGUUCGCUUAUUACCUAUAAGAUUUGACCACCAAUGGGCAGAUGCCAGUUCAUGAGCAACAGCAAAAGGUGUAGACAUGACGGCAAUGCAUAUUUUUUUUAUCGCGAUGGUGAUCGUGAUAGCGUCGCAGCAAUCAGAGUCGCUAAAAUCCCCAUGUCUCGAGACAUUUGUCAACAAAUUUUGGAAAGAUUGCACUAAGAGAAUUCAAAAGGUGCCUGACAAUUGUCGUGAAUCGGUAUCCGGAGACACUUGCAAACAGACGACAGCGUCCUCAAAGGAUUUGUACACCAUAUAUUUAUGCGCUAUGAAAAAGGAUAAAUUGUUCUCUAGGGACGGAAAAAAUUCAGCAAAAGACAUGGAGAACGUCGCAGCUAAAUUUCAAUCAUUUGUUGAUGAAGAAAAGAAUAAUGCCCGCCAGAGUGUUUACGAUGCCGCAAAAGACUGUGCAGAGUUCGCAUGGGAGUACGGUAAUGACCAAGAUUCGAGGAUUCUGCAUUUUACGGACUGCUGGGUCGAUGGUGAGGGAAAUCGCAAGCUACAGGAGCAAGUUUUUUGCCAAACUACUGCUUGAUAAUAAUAAUUUGAUAUUGUUCAUUUAUGUAAUCAUCCCUAUGGGGAUAUGAAAGUGUUAAAAAAUAAAAUUUUCUGAAAGUAUAAAUUA